AUGCAGGGUUCUCCGCUUCUGAACGCCGUCCAGCUCCUCUGCGUGUGCACAGCAGCGCUGGCCGCGGCCCCCCGACCCACGUUUCUGGUGGUAGCUCCUGGGAUCGUCAGGCCAGGAGGCAAUGUUACUAUUGGGGUGGAACUUCUGGAGCACAGCCCCUCACCAGUGAUUGUGAAGGCUGAGCUGUUGAAGACAACAUCCAACUACACUACCCUCCUCCUGGAAACAGAAGGCAUCUUUGAAAAAGGCACUUUUAGGAUACUUGUUCUUCCAUCUCUACCUCUGGACACCACAGAUGGGACCUUUGAGCUCCGUGUAACAGGCCAUCAUGAGAAUGCGGUCUUAUUCUCUAACAGCACACUCCUGUCAUUUGAGACCAAGAGGGUGUCUGUCUUCAUUCAAACAGAUAAGCCUCUGUACAAGCCGAAGCAAGAAGUGAAGUUUCGUGUUAUUACACUCUUCUCAGAUUUCAAACCUUACAAAACCUCUCUUAGUAUCCAAAUUAAGGACCCCAAAUCAAAUUUGGUCCAACAGUGGCUGUCAGAACAGAAUAAUCUCGGAGUUGUUUCCAAAACUUUUCAGUUAUCUUCCCAUCCAAUACUUGGUGACUGGUCCAUUGAAGUGCAAGUGAAUGACCAGACCUAUUUCCAGUCAUUUGAGGUCUCAGAAUAUGUAUUACCAAAAUUUGAAGUUACUUUGCAGACACCAUUAUAUUGUUCUUUGAAUUCUAAGAGUUUAAAUGGUACCAUCCUGGCGAAGUAUACAUAUGGGAAGCCAGUUAAAGGAGAUGUAACACUAACAUUCUUACCUUUAUCCUUUACGGGGAUGAAGAAAAAUAUUACGAAGCACUUUAAGAUAAAGGGAUCUGCAAACUUCUCUUUUAAUGCUGAAGAAAUGAAAAAUGUUGUGGAUAUUUCAGAAGGGCAUCAUGGAUACAUGGAUCAUCUUUCCCUUGGGCCAGUAGAAAUUUUAGCCACUGUGACAGAAUCACUGACAGGUAUCUCUAGAAAUGCAAGCUCCAAUGUGUUUUUCAAGCAACAUGAUUAUAUCAUUGAAUUUUUUGAUUAUGCUGCUAUCUUGAAGCCUUCUCUCAACUUCACAGCCACUGUGAAGGUAAGCCGUUUUGAUGGAAAUCAUUUGACUCCUAAAGAACGAAGCAAUAACAUAGUCAUAACAGUGACACAGAGGAACUGUACCAACUACCGGAGCAGGUGGAAUAGUAGGAACCAGGAAAUGGGAACUACCCAGAUUAUGAAUUUUACUGUACCCCAAGAUGGAAUCUUUAAUAUUGAAUUCCCAAUCCUGGGGGAUUCCAAAGAACUGAAAUUAAAGGCCUAUUUUCUUGAUAGUGUAAGUAGCAUCGAAGUUCAUGAUAUGUUUAAGUCACCUAGUAAGACAUACAUCCAGUUGAAAACAAGACAUGAAAAUAUAAAGGUUGGAUCCCCCUUUGAGUUGGUGGUUAGUGGCAACAAGCAAUUGAAGGAGCUAAGCUACAUGGUGGUGGCCAAAGGGCAGCUGGUGGCCACAGGCAAACAAAAUUCAGCUACUUUCUCUUUAACACCUGAAAAUUCUUGGGCUCCAAAAGCCUGUAUCAUUGUGUAUUAUGUUGAAGAUGACGGGGAAAUUAUAAAUGAUAUAAUAAAAAUUCCUAUUCAGCUUGUUUUUAAGAACAAGAUAAAGCUAUUUUGGAGUAAAGCUGAUGCUGUACCAUCUGAGAAAGUUUCCCUUAGGAUUUCGGUGACACAGCCUGAUUCCAUAGUUGGAAUUGUAGCUGUUGACAGAAGUGUGAAUCUGAUGAAUACAUCAAAUGAUAUUACAAUGGAAAAUGUGGUCAGUGAACUGGAACUUUACAACACAGGGUAUUAUGUAGGCAUCUUCAUGAACUCUUUUGAAGUCUUCAAGGAAUGUGGCCUCUGGGUGUUGACAGAUGCAAACCUUGACAAGGAUUACAUUGAUCUUGCUUAUGACUCUAGAAUUAUUGCUGACAAUUAUUUUGAGGAAAAUGGCUUGGAAUUUGAAGGCUUUUCUACGUUUAACAAUCCACAUGUCAGAACGCAUUUUCCAGAGACUUGGAUUUGGCUGGACACCAACAUGGGUUCCAAGCUUUUCCAAGAUUUUGAAGUUACUGUACCUGAUACUAUCACUUCUUGGACGGCUACAGCUUUUGUGAUCUCUGAGGACCUGGGGUUUGGACUGACAACUGCUCCCCAAGAGCUUCGAGCCUUCCAACCAUUUUUCAUUUUUUUGAAUCUUCCCUACGCUGUUAUCAGAGGUGAAGAAUUUGCUUUGGAAGUAACCAUAUUCAAUUAUUUGAAAGAGACCACUGAGGUUAAGGUAAUCAUUGAGCACAGUGACAAAUAUGACAUUCUAAUGACUUCAAAUGAAAUAAAUGCCACAGAACACCAGCAGACUGUACAGGUUCCCAGUGAGGAUGGUACAACUGUUCUUUUCCCAAUCAAGCCAACACAUCUGGGAGAAAUUCCCAUCACGAUCAAGGCCUUUUCGCCCAUUUCUUCUGAUGCUGUCACCCAAAAGAUUUUAGUAAAGGCUGAAGGGUUAGAAAAAUCUUACUCACAGUCCAUUUUAUUCGACUUGACGGACAAGACAUCUCAAAAUGCUCUGAGAACUUUGAGUUUCUCCUUCCCUCCGGAGACAGUGAAUGGUAGUGAAAGAGUUCAGAUCACUGCCGUUGGAGAUAUUCUUGGUCCUUCUAUCAAUGGCUUAGCUUCAUUGAUUAGGAUGCCUUAUGGCUGUGGGGAACAAAACAUGAUAAAUUUUGCUCCAAAUAUAUAUGUUUUGGAUUAUUUGACCAAAAAGAAGCAAUUGAAGGAUAAUUUAAGAGAAAAAGCCCUUUCGUUUAUGAGGCAAGGUUACCAGAGAGAACUUCUUUAUCAAAGAAAUGAUGGUUCUUUUAGUGCUUUUGGGAACAGUGACCCAUCUGGAAGCACUUGGUUGUCAGCUUUUGUUUUAAGAUGCUUCCUUGAAGCUGAUUCUUACAUAGAUAUUGAUCAGAAUGUACUAAGGAGAACCUACACUUGGCUCAGAGAACAUCAGAAAUCCAGUGGUGCAUUUUGGGAGCCAGGAAGAGUGAUCCAUAGUGAGUUUCAAGCUGGCAACAAAAGUCCAAUAGUACUUACAGCCUAUAUCGUGACUUCUCUUCUGGGAUAUAAAAGAUACCAGCCUAAUAUUAAUAUGCAGGAGUCUAUCAACUUUUUGGAGUCUGAACUCACCAGAGGAAUUUCAGACAAUUACACUCUUGCUCUUAUCGCCUAUGCACUGUCAUCAGCCAAGAGUCCAAAAGCUCGGGAAGCCUUGGAAAUGCUGACUGAGAGAGCAGAAAGAGAAGAGGACAUGCAGUUCUGGGUGUCGUCAGGAGCCAGACUUUAUGAAUCCUGGCAGCCGAGCUCUCUGGAUAUUGAAGUUGCAGCCUACACACUGCUCUCAUACUUACUGCAACACCAGGUUCCUGAAGGAAUAGCAGUUAUGAGAUGGCUAAGUAAGCAGAGAAAUAGCUUAGGAGGCUUUGCAUCUACACAGGACACCAUUGUGGCUUUGAAGGCAUUGUCUGAAUUUGCAGUCCUAAUAAACACAGAACAGACAAAUGUCCAUGUGACAGUGAGUCAGCCAAAUUUACCAAAUCCUGUAAUGUUCCACAUUGAUACAAAUAAACGUUUUCUCCUUCAGUCAGCAGAGCUCAAUGUUGUUUAUAAUGUGAAAAAUUCAGAGUCUUCUAGAAGACGAAGAUCUCUUCAAGAUCAAGAAGCUUUUGAUUUAGAUGUUGUUGUAAAUGAUAAUGAAGAUGAUAUCAACCAUUUGAAUUUGAAUGUAUGCACAAGGUUUUUGGGGCCAGAAAGAAGUGGCAUGGCCCUUAUGGAGGUGAACCUGCUUAGUGGUUUUGCUGUGUCUUCAGAUGCAAUUCCUUUAAGUGAGACGAUUAAGAAAGUGGAACAUGAUCAUGGAAAACUCAAUCUCUACUUAGAUUCUGUAAAUGGAACCCAGCUUUGUGUUGAUAUUCCUGCUGUGAGAAGCAUUAAAGUUUCAAACAUCCAGGAUGCUUCAGUGUCCAUAGUGGAUUACUAUGAACCACGAAGACAAGCUGUGAGAAGUUACAACUCCAGAGUGAAGCUGUCCUUCUGUGACCUUUGUAGAGAUGAACUUGGGUGCCACCUUUGCAACAACGGAGUUGCAGACUUUCUUCGUUCCUCUUCAGUCAUUUUCAUUUCCUGUUUUGCUCUUCUGUUCUCUUUGCAAUGUUUGUUGUAG